GCGAAAUUAAAGAGCCCCGGCGCCGCACAGCCAGCACCCGCCAAUGGCUGAUACUGGAUGAUUGCGUACAGAUACAUGUCACGCUUAUCAAAGACUUGACUCACUGCCUUGAGCUGAAUAAUGCAACAUCUUGUUUCGUGUAGCAAUCGCGUAACCUCUUGCCCUGGAUAAUUACUCAGUAUGGAGACUGCGAAUGGUACGACAGCGGAGCUGAAUGGCUCGACACAAAAUGAGAAUGGAGAGUACAAGCUCAGAUUCUGCACUGUCUGCGCAAGCAACAACAACAGAUCCAUGGAAGCUCAUCUCCGACUCUCGCAAGCCAAUUACCCUGUAAUCUCCUUUGGCACCGGCUCUCUCGUCCGGCUACCGGGCCCGACAAUCACCCAGCCAAACGUGUAUCAGUUCAACAAGACAUCGUACGAUAGCAUGUACAAAGAAUUAGAGGCCAAAGACUCUAGACUGUAUCGGAACAAUGGCAUUCUGAACAUGCUAGGAAGAAAUAGAGGCGUUAAAUGGGGUCCUGAGCGUUGGCAAGAUUGGCCCGUCGGGGUUCCAAGACUGCAACACUCCAGUGACAAGGGCAGCGAGGGCGUGGAAGGCGGUGUCGUGGACGUAGUUUUCACCUGUGAAGAGCGGUGCUGGGAUGCCGUCAUUGACGAUCUUCUAAACCGUGGCUCUCCGUUGAAUCGCCCGGUACAUGUGAUCAACAUUGACAUCAAAGAUAACCACGAGGAGGCUGCCGUCGGUGGGCAGGGCAUCCUCGAUCUUGCCAACUCUCUCAAUGCUGCUGCCGAAGAGGAGCGAGGCGCGAUAGGCCCGGCCGCUUUUGACAGCGGGAGUGCGUCUGCUCGAGCGAGCUUUGACGAGCGAGUUCCAGAGAUUAUUGGCGCCUGGCAAGAACGCUGGCCUAAUCUACCAUCGACCUGGACUCUGGCGUGGUUUUAAUGGAGAGAUGGGUCAGGCAAAUCUCGCUACAUCAUCUUUGUUUUUGUUUUUCAUGGCGACUAUGAGCGCUUUAGAUUUGGCGUGGCGUUUUGGCGACCUAGCAGGAAGUGAUUGGGCUCGUUUCUUGUUUACUGGGUGCAUGGGAACGCGCAUAAUAAUAUCAUGUCAAGCACAUGACGGCCCUGCGAAUUCUUGAUGACUAUUAUAUUAAUCAGAUGGCCAUGGGAC